AUGUCCCGCGCAAACCCUCCCAAUAACGCGACGGCGUCGCGCAAAAUUUCCUUCAACGUCAGCGAGCAGUAUGAUAUCCAGGAUGUCGUUGGUGAGGGCGCUUAUGGCGUUGUCUGCUCCGCCACCCACAAGCCAUCCAAACAAAGAGUGGCCAUCAAGAAGAUUACGCCAUUUGAUCAUUCCAUGUUCUGCCUACGAACUCUUCGCGAAAUGAAACUUCUUCGAUACUUUAACCAUGAGAAUAUUAUUUCCAUUCUGGAUAUCCAGAAGCCCAGGGGUUUUGACUCGUUCAACGAAGUCUAUCUCAUCCAAGAGCUCAUGGAGACCGAUAUGCACAGAGUCAUUCGCACCCAGGACCUUUCCGACGACCACUGCCAAUACUUCAUCUACCAGACGCUUCGAGCGCUCAAGGCCAUGCACUCCGCCAAUGUGCUACACAGAGAUCUCAAGCCCUCUAACCUCCUCUUGAACGCCAACUGCGAUCUCAAGGUCUGCGAUUUUGGUCUGGCCAGAUCCGCCGCCUCUCAAGAGGACAAUUCUGGGUUCAUGACUGAAUAUGUCGCUACUCGCUGGUAUCGUGCGCCGGAAAUCAUGUUGACAUUCAAGGAGUACACCAAGGCCAUCGACGUUUGGUCCGUGGGCUGCAUUCUUGCCGAAAUGUUGAGCGGAAAGCCUCUGUUUCCUGGCAAGGAUUAUCACCACCAGUUGACUUUGAUUCUCGACGUUCUUGGUACUCCCACAAUGGAAGACUACUACGGAAUCAAGUCUCGCCGCGCUCGCGAGUACAUUCGCUCUCUGCCCUUCAAGAAGAAGGUUCCCUUCCGCACGCUAUUCCCGAAGACCUCUGAUCUGGCUCUUGAUCUGCUAGAGAAGCUUCUCGCCUUCAACCCGGUGAAGCGCAUCACGGUUGAGGAGGCUCUCAAACAUCCAUACCUCAACCCCUACCACGACCCCAAUGACGAGCCGACUGCCCCUCCCAUUCCCGAGGAGUUCUUUGACUUUGACAAGCACAAGGAUAGUCUGAGCAAGGAGCAGCUGAAGGAGCUCAUCUACCAGGAGAUUAUGCGAUAA